AUGGCGUUACGCGGUAAAGACGGGCCUGGUCUCGUCAACUUCGGAAAGGAGCAGUCAACAGGCGUACCAUUGGAGCAACUGAUCAACCACGCGGCCACCAAAAAGAUCUCGAUCUCCGUGGCCGAGAAAAGGAGCUGGUGGCCGGAUGGUCAAAUAAAAGACGUGAUCCGCACCAUCCAUGUGUCCAGCUCGGCAAACUGGCUAUCGCACUCUAAUACUGCCCACGGAUACAAACCCCAGUUUAAAAACCCGAUGAUGAAACAGAAAGCUACGAAGGAGCCUGCCACGAAGAUUCCUGCACGCUCCGCUUUGGAACAAAGAACUCCCUGCGACGUUUGGAAAUGGAAUGGAUACAAAUUUCCGGCCCUAGAAUCGUGCAUCCAGGCGGGAUUUUGGGCGUUCCUUUUCUGCAUCAUCUCAUUGCUGAGCCUUACUUCAACCCAUGAUAAAACCUUACCUGAAGCAGUGGCUAAUAUCUUCUGCACAAUGCUCGAAUGCGGUUUUGCUACUUUGUAUUUUUCUGGUAUCGCCUGGACCCUGAAUGAGCUGUUUCCCCAGUAUUGGGCUAAAGAA